UCUGAUUACCAAAUGUAUGGCCAAACCUGUCUUGUGAAAUGAAACAAACCGACCAUCUGGCUGUCUCCACCCCUGGACUGGGGGCGGGUAUCUGCAGGCAGCUCUAUGUAUUAGUUACGAGCACCCAUUACCAAUCCUGAACUUGGUCUGAUGACACAGCCAGCCUGUGUCAACCGAGCCGGAAUAGAUUCCUACGCUAGUGUACAGCUGCACUGGGGUCAGACAGAUUUCCUGUUCAGAUUACAACACAGCAGUGUCGAUGCAAGAAAGUAUGUCUUGAGAAAUGUGUUGUACUCCAAAUGGUCCCAUUAUCCCAACUGUUUCACUGAGAAGAUCGAACAACCUCGUUUUUUCGCCGUUUUUCAGUCUUCUCAUCCUUGUAAUUGAGUUUUGACUUCACGUCCAUCUGCUUUGGUUUCACACCGGAAGGUGUUUUAUCGUUUGGUUCGUUAGUGAUCGGGGGCACCGGGAUGGCGUUUUUGGAGAAGCAGUCCCCGGGAAGGGUACUAUUGGAUGAUACGGUGGCCCUUACAGCACUGAUCGAGGCCAGCCAAAAUCUACAAUCUCACACGGAAUACAUCAUUCGAGUACAAAGGGGUGUGUGUACAGAAAACAGUUGGCAGGUCAUAAAGCGAUACAGCGACUUUGAUAUGCUGAAUAGCAGUUUGUUGGUCUCUGGCGUCAGCCUGCCUCUACCACCUAAGAAGUUGCUAGGUAACAUGGACAGGGAGUUCAUAGCAGAGAGACAGAGAGGACUACAGGUCUACUUAGACUUUAUUACUCAGCAUCACAUCCUAGCCACCUGCCAACUGGUCAAGAAGUUCCUCGACACCAACAACUACUCUGCCAACUACACAGAAAUCGCCUUACAGCAGGUAUCCAUGUUCUUCAGGUCGGAUCCUAAGUGGGAAGUGGUGGAGCCUCUGAAAGACAUUGGGUGGAGGAUACGGAAGAAAUAUUUCUUAAUCAAAAACAAAGAACAACCCAAAGAACGCCAAGUGUUGAGUUGGGUUGACUUGGGUCCAGAUAAAUUCCUGUCAGACAAAGACCUUCAGUCGACCAUGAAGCUCCUACCCAGCCUCACUAAUCCGUACAUCUACCCGGUGACGUUUGCCAACACCAGUGAGUUGUCUGCUCUGGUCAUCAGGAUGUUUAAUGAAAAAGGCACUCUGAGGGAUCUCAUAUGUAAGGUGAAGCCUAAAGAGGCCUUUAUGAGGAAGUACUGCAGCCCCAAGAAGAUCCAGGGACUGGAGCUGCAGCAGAUCAGGACGUACGGACGACAGAUUCUGGAGGUUCUGAGGUUCCUCCAUGACAAAGGUUUUCCGUACGGUCACCUCCAUGCCUCUAACAUAGUGAUAGAAGACAACACGUGUAAAGUACUGGACAUAGAGAACAGCCUCCUGGGCCUGCCCUCGUACUACCGGCCCUACAUCACACAGUUCAGGAAAAUCAACACGACAGAGAGUAUAGACGUAUACUCGUUUGGACACUUACUGUAUGAAAUGACGUACGGAAGACCUCCUGAUGCUGUGCCUGUCGACCAGUACCCUGCUGUGACUUACACCUCAGUGGUGUCUGUGCUGCAGUCCAUCCUGUCCACAGAUGCCUGUAAGACUGGGAUGCCCACUGUUGCACAACUGCUGCAGACACCGCUGUUCAGCGAUGUGCUGCUGUUUCACUCAGAGAAACUCCAGUUCAAGAUCCCCACCAAAUUAAGAGACUCCUUGAAAACCGCCAAAGAGUGCAUGGAAAAGCGACUUCAAGAAGAGCAGAAAACGAACCAGCAGCACAGGAGGCUGACCAGAGCUCAGUCCCACCACGGCUCAGAGGAGGAGAAGAGGAGGAGGAAGAUACUGGCUAGAAAGAAGUCCAGACAGUCGGCCUAUGAGAACGAGGAGGAUCUCUCUGUGAAGGACAACAACAACUCUGGUUCAGGAGCCAGCUCCCCACCGACCUCUCCCUCCUCCCCCACCCCUCCUCACACUACAGUUGCACCACCUCCUCCUCCUCCUCCUCUACCUCCUCCAAGUGAUAACCCUGGCCAGUCCCACGCCCCUCCGCAUCCUCCUCUCCCUGGGCCAGGUCCUCCUCCUGCCAACGGUGUGGGGCGUGGUGCCCUCCUCAGCUCCAUCACGUCAUUCAGUAUAGGCAAACUGAAGAAAGCAGUGACCAUCGACCGCAGCAUCCAACACUCUGAAGAGGACCGCUCUUCCUUCUCGUCCUGACCCUGUCGUCCCAGUCACCCCUGAAGGUUACCUGUCGUCCUGACCCUGUGGUCCCAGUCACCCCUAAAGGUUACCUGUCGUCCUGACCCUGUGGCCCCAGUCACCCCUAAAGGUUACCUGUCGUCCUGACCCUGUGGCCCCAGUCACCCCUAAAGGUUACCUGUCGUCCUGACCCUGUGGCCCCAUUCACCCCUAAAGGUUACCUGUCGUCCUGACCCUGUGGCCCCAGUCACCCCUAAAGGUUACCUGUCGUCCUGACCCUGUGGCCCCAGUCACCCCUAAAGGUUACCUGUCGUCCUGACCCUGUGGCCCCAGUCACCCCUAAAGGUUACCUGUCGUCCUGACCCUGUGGCCCCAGUCACCCCUAAAGGUUACCUGUCGUCCUGCUCAAUCAUAUUUUUGCUCUUUGUUUUUUUUUGCUUCUAAAUUUAGUUCCCGUCCGAUGAGUUGACCCCCAGCCCCGCCCCUUAAGGUUUGAGGUAGGGGACGGGGCAUCAACUCCUUUCCAAUAUGGCCGCCUCGUUGGUUCUCCCUUUAGCACAAAAAGGACUGGUCAGUGGACUGUACAGGUGGCUUAAAGAUGAGGUGGCAUCAGCCUGGUGUCUAUCUGGAAGACUGCAGUGACUUGAAUGAAACGUACAAGCAACUGUGAGGGAAGUGAUUCAGAAAGCAAACACAUGAACCACAGGUGUUUUAGAGGGACUGGGACUCUGACCUGACAUCCAACAGCCAUGUCAUCACAGUGAGACGACUAUGAAAGAACUGUCUGUGUCACCACAGUGAGACGACUAUGAAAGAACUGUCUGUGUCAUCACAGUGAGACGACUAUGAAAGAACUGUCUGUGUCAUCACAGUGAGACGACUAUGAAAGAACUGUCUGUGUCAUCACAGUGAGACGACUAUAAAAGAACUGUCUGUGUCAUCACUGUGAGACGACUAUGAAAGAACUGUCUGUCAUCACAGUGAGACGACUAUGAAAGAACUGUCUGUCAUCACUGUGAGACGACUAUGACAGAACUGUCUGUCAUCACUGUGAGACGACUAUGAAAGAACUGUCUGUCAUCACUGUGAGACGACUAUGAAAGAACUGUCUGUCAUCACAGUGAGACGACUAUGAAAGAAUUGUCUGUCAUCACAGUGAGACGACUAUGAAAGAACUGUCUGUGUCAUCACAGUGAGACGACUAUGAAAGAACUGUCUGUGUCAUCACAGUGAGACGACUAUGAAAGAACUGUCUGUGUCAUCACAGUGAGACGACUAUGAAAGAACUGUCUGUGUCAUCACAGUGAGACGACUAUGAAAGAACUGUCUGUGUCAUCACAGUGAGACGACUAUGAAAGAACUGUCUGUGUCAUCACAGUGAGACGACUAUGAAAGAACUGUCUGUGUCAUCACAGUGAGACGACUAUGAAAGAACUGUCUGUGUCAUCACAGUGAGACGACUAUGAAAGAACCGUCUGUGUCAUCACAGUGAGACGACUAUGAAAGAACCGUCUGUGUCAUCACAGUGAGACGACUAUGAAAGAACUGUCUGUGUCAUCACUGUGAGACGACUAUGAAAGAACUGUCUGUGUCAUCACAGUGAGACGACUAUGAAAGAACUGUCUGUGUCAUCACAGUGAGACGACUAUGAAAGGACUGUCCGUCUGUUAUGUUUAUUGUAUCUAUUUUUUUUUUUAGCUUUUUGUUUUCUUCGAAUGAAUGGAAGGAGAUGUGAUGCUGUUGGACUGUCUGUGUUGCUUAUAUCUAUGUGCCACAUUCAUCUCUGUGCCUUGUGUCCCAAAUGGCAUCCCAUUUCCUAUAUAGUGCACUACUACUACAGACUAGUAGUAGUCUGCUAUAUAGGGGAUAGGGUGCCAUUUUCAAAUGCACAGAUAGAUACAAAAAAAUCUAUGGACGCUGCAAGGAUUAAAACCUUAGUUUACCCAUGGCCGUUUGUUUAGUAAACGAGAACCACCAGAAGUCUGUCAUCAUUCAGUAUGCAAAAUAAUGAACCCAAAUGAUGACAUGCUGUACUUACUGGUAUUAAUCGGUAACAAAUUAAGAUUCAAAUACCUUUUUUUUUUUUAAAGAUUGUUUUUCUUUUUCCUCUCCAAAAUAUCAGUGUAAAGAUGUUGAAGGAUCAACUAUUUCUCUGCUGCACUUGACCGA